AUGAAGCCGUCCCCAGAGAUUUUGCAGCCCACAGACCCCCUCCCGCCCAAACCAGUGGUGCAGCUCACAGCAUCGCUCCAACUACCCAAUGGACUCACUAUGGAAGUGCCGAUUACCAUUGACUCUGGUAGUAACGCAGACUUCAUAGGACUGGAUUUCCUUCAAGAGCACAACAUAGCACUCCUGCCAGCCACGCUGCCUCUGAAAGUUGUCACGGUGGAUGGCAGGGAAUUGCUGGGGGGGCAGGUGGUGCAGCAAACGCCUCCGAUGGUGAUGCAAAUUGGGAAUCACCGAGAAGUCAUCAGCUUCAAUGUCACCCAACUGUCGGACACGCCUAUAGUAUUAGGCAUGAGUUGGCUGCACAGGCACAGCCCAGCAUUGGCGUGGUACCAGCGACAACUGACCUUCGGCUCCUCAUACUGUGCGGAACAUUGCAUUCUGCCUAGCCCGGAAGGGGAGAGGAUGACCCGCAGCUACAAUUAG